AUGGACGAUAAUUCUGCAGAUUCUGCCAACUCUACAUCAGCGGUUCGGCCUCGAAGCGUUCUAGUUGUAGGAGGUGGUCCAGCUGGACUUGUAACGCUACGAAAUCUUGUUGAACGAUCCAAAGGACGAUUUGAGCGAGUAUUAUUGGUGGAACGACGAGACGAUAUUGGUGGUGUUUGGUACGUUUCUGAUCUUAUCGUGCCGCAAUGGCCCUCUCCUGCUUAUCCUGGUCUUGUCGGGAACGUCCUCCCUCGAUUUCUUGCAUUCUCCGAGGCUCCUUUUCCUGAAUCUCCUAACCACCCUCACCAGCCGUUCCCUACACUAGCUGAAACCUAUCAAUACCUGCGGUCUUUUGCGGAGCCAUACAUAGAGCAAGGUAAUAUCCAGCUAAACACCGAAGUCAUGAGGAUCGAGGAGUUGCCAGAUAAGCAAGGAUGGAAGGUCCGAGUCAGGGAUUGGUCAAUGUGCGACGAUAAUGAUGGUAUGCCGCUGGAGACGGAGGAGAUAUGGGAUGCUGUAGCUGUUUGUGCGGGGUACUACGAUAAGCCGAAUUGGCCUGACACGGAAGGGUUGAAUCAAGUUAGGAAACGAGGCUUGGCGCUCCACGCAAAAUGGUGGAACGGGCCUGAUGGAUAUGAAGGCAAGAAAGCAAUCAUCAUUGGCAAUGCUAAUUCUUCCAACGAUAUCGCAAGUCAAUUAGCCCCUGUCGCUCAAACGCCUGUGUAUCGUUCCAUGCGUCGUCCUGCAGCCCCUUGGUUCCCUAGUCUCGCUGACUCCCGUAUCAAAAACGUCAGCGCGAUCAAGAAAUACAUCUUGCAGCCAGCAGAAGAGACAGACGACGGUAUGAUGCUCGAGAAAGUCACAGUCAUCCUCCAAGAUGGAUCGGAAAUUAAGGAUAUUGACGUGGUCAUUCUCGGAACGGGAUACUGUCCUCAUCCAGAAUUCGUGCACGUUCUACCCGUUCCCGCCGACAGCACUACUAACGCGUCGGAAAUUAAUAACAAAACCGUAUCAUCAACUGUACCAAUAAUGUCAUACACUACUCCUGUCUUGCCCCAAUUCCGACGUAUACCUUUCCUCCACCGACACAUACUCUACGCGUACAACCCUUCCUUAGCCUUCAUCGGCGCCAUCCUCGCUAUGACACCCUUCAUCGUAGCCGACGUAGCAAGUACAUGGCUAACCCUCGCUUGGCUUGGCGAAGUCUCGUAUCCUGAUUCUGUCGAUGAACGAAUGGCGUUUGAUCGAGAACGGAUAGCGCAAGUCGUGAAGCUGCUCAAAGUGCCCGAUACUGUUCCAGAGAAUGAGGGGGCUGGUGAUAGUAAGGAGUCGAGCCCCGACCCUCCCUCGUCAUUCGUCACAUAUGGGUUCCUCGGGCCAGGCGAUACCGAAAACGGUGGUAAAGGAGGAGAAGCAGAGUAUGCCAAUAAUUUGAGGGAUGAUAUCGUUCGUGCGAGGCCAGAUUUAGACGCGGUGCUACCUACGUGGGAUGAAGAGACUAUCAAAGCGAGGACGGAGAUGUACCCAACAAAGUACGAGGCGUUGAAGUGGGCGCAAAUGCACUGUGUUUGA